UUGUUGUUGUGUACAUGUUACAGUAUAUAAUAAUAAUAUUUUGUGCAAUUUUCGGUGUCUAUCUCUAUUGCCAUUUCAGCAAGCGGUUGACCAGCUAAAAACAAAUGGAAAAGGUUUAGCUGGUUUUUCCCAAUUCAGGAUACAUGCAGUUAGGAAUGGUAUCUCCUUCAAAACAAUGAUAGACAUAUUGGGAAGGAAGUCUCAACUACUACUACUACAAAGGAAGGAACUCAAACAAGGCACCAAGUCAUGUUUCUAUUUGAGUAGCUUCCAAGAGUUAUUCCUUCCCUUUUCUCUCUUCUCUGGUGUCUUCACAGAAACAACCACCCCAUCAUGAUGGAAAGUCCUCCUAAAUGCAAACUCACAUUCACAUUAAUCUUCUUCAUCGUUGUCUCCCACUCUCUUGGCUUAGUUUCCUUCACCUUGUGCAUAGCCUCCGAGACUAAGAGGAACAAGAAGGGGGAUCUCAGAUGGAAUGGGAAACUAUGUCAUUUACCAUCAAGUCCAGCAUUUGGAUUGGGUAUUGCAUCUUUGGUUUGUUUGGUUUUGUCCCAAAUUGUUGGGAAUUCUAUAUUAUUCAAGACUUAUUGUUCAGGAGGGAAAAGAAACGCAAAGUGUGAGAUCCCUUUCGUUGCCAGGAUUCUGCUUUUGAUCUCUUGGCUAAGCUUUGGAAUUGCAGUUAUUUUAUUAAUCGUUGCCACAAGCAUGAGCAGAAGGCAGGCCUAUGGGGAAGGGUGGUUGAAUGGUGAGUGCUACCUUGUCAAAGGAGGGAUUUACGUUGGUUCAGCCAUAUUGAUCCUAGUUUCAGUAGAAUCGUUAAUGGGUUCAGCUUUGUUAACAAUGAAGACCAAUGAAGAAGCAGAUCAGGGUAACAAAAUACACGCACAAACGGAACGGGGUGACACUUGAGAUUAAAGAAUAAUUUUAUACAUUGAAAUCAUAAAGUAGAAUGCAGAGUGGGAGUUUUGAUGCAAAUCAAGAAAGCUAUAACAUCAACUACUCCUAAAAGAGGCCUCACAAGUUGGCAUAGGGAAAGAUUCAAGCCUACAAUACAAUCUGUUUUGUCAUAAUGUGCUGAGGAAUAACUAUUUUUUUCUACUUACAUUAUACGUAAGAGACAUUUUCUUUUGUACACAUUCUCUCCGAGGUAGUAACUGCCUCAUAUAGGAACUCAUUUUGGAUCCACCCGCAUAAUCAAUAAUUGUUUUGUAUUUUAUUUUGUACUCAUAGUUCUCAACUGCUCAGUUGCAGAAAUAGUGUUAUUUAAUUUUUAAACAA